UACUACAAUUCCCACAAUGCCCCCACAGUAAACGUUGGCAUAGCGGAAGUGUAAGUCUACUUUGUAGAAAAAAGAGUUUGAUAUACUUUUGACAUAUUUUAGGUUUAUUUCUACAAUAUUAUUUAAGUAUUGACUCCUGCAUUCUUCAUCUAGUGAUACAUCACUCGAGUAGAAGGUAUUGUAGCUGAGCUAGCGCGUGCAGUGAAACUAGCAUAAAAAUCCCUUUAGCACCAAAUGUAUGUUGCUGAUAUGAUGUGAGUCUAGAAGGAAAAGUCAGGUUUGUCACGGUUCAGGAUGUACACCUUGUUGUCAGGCCUUUACAAAUACAUGUUUCAAAAAGAAGAAUAUUGCGUUUUGAUUCUUGGGCUCGAUAAUGCUGGCAAAACGACAUUUCUGGAGCAAACCAAAACGAAAUUUAGCAAAAACUACAAAGGAAUGAGCCUUUCCAAAAUCACCACCACUGUCGGGUUGAAUAUUGGCACUAUAGAUGUUGGGAAAGCACGUCUGAUGUUUUGGGAUCUUGGAGGACAAGAUGAACUGCAGUCACUAUGGGACAAAUACUACGCAGAAUCUCAUGGUGUUAUAUAUGUAAUUGACUCAACUGAUGAAGAGCGUCUGACUGAGUCAAAGAAUGCCUUUGAGAAGAUGAUUAGUAGCGAGGUGCUUGAAGGCGUUCCUCUUCUUGUUCUUGCGAAUAAGCAAGACGUAGAGAAUUGCUUGUCUGUACCUGAUAUUAAGACAGCAUUCAGUGACUGUGCACCCAAGAUAGGUAAACGAGACUGUCUGGUCCAGCCAUGUACUGCUCUGACAGGUCAGGGGGUAAACGAAGGAAUUGAGUGGAUGGUAAAGUGUGUGGUUCGGAACAUUCAUCGCCCACCUCGUCAAAAAGACAUUACAUAAACUUGCAAACUUGUGUGUGUGUGUUUGUAUGUGUGACUGACUGUCUGUCUGUGUGCAUGCAUUUGCAUCCUAAGUUGUUGAUUUGUGUGAAAUCAAUCAAGUUAAAUUUUAUUGCAAUGGUUUCAUUAGUUGCAUUUAUCCAGCUUUUUUCUUUUACACUAAAGCACCAGCUGUUUUUUUUUUGUUGUUUGUUUUUUUUGUUUUUUUUGUUUUUUUUAAAGACCACCAUUUAAGUAUAAAAAUUAGUUGUUUGUUUAUCAACACUAAAAUAUUAUUGAUAUAAUCUGGACAUUCUACAUUUAACAUACACAAGUAGGAGUCUUUGCCCAGCAGCUUGGUUGUAUUUUUCGUUUCUUUACCUACUUGGAUUUUUAUCAACUUGUAUAAAUUGUGUAAUAAACGCAUUGUUAAAGAAUAA